CCUCACCAGCCGGACAAGACAAGCCAUAGACAUAUUGUCACAUAUUGUCUAUUCGCAGUUACACUUGUACAGUAUCGCUGUGACUGAUCAAAAUUGUCCCGGAGAGACAAAUUCGAUAAUUCAGCCAUGCCGCCGAAACCAGUCAGGGCGUCUCCGACGCAUUUCGUAUGCAUUCCCCUGGCCGGGCCGCAGCUUGCUAGAAGCUUGGCUGCUUUCCGCACAGAAGUCACGAAUCCUUCUGGCUUUGGUGUUCCACCGACCGCAGUGCGUCCACUCGGCACGAUGCAUCUGACACUUGGUGUUAUGAGCCUCAAAGAUGAGGGCGUUGAGCAGGCCAGUGAGGUGUUGAAGAGCUUGAAGUUGAAGGAGUUCCUUGCAAGUGCAAGGACUGGAAAGGCAUCGGCUGAAGAGGGGCUUUCGAUAACUCUCAAGGGCUUACAUGCUUUUCAAAACGCCGAAAAGACGUCGGUGUUGUAUGCGCCACCCGUUGAUACUGAGGGAAUCCUGCAGAAGUUCUGCGAACAGAUCAAGACUAGGUUUCAGGAAGCUGGACUGAUGGUCAAGGAGGACAGACCAUUGGUACUCCACGCAACUGUGGUCAAUACAAUCUAUGUCAAAGAUGGCCGCGGGAGAAGACGAGAGAAGUUGACGAUUGAUGCAAGGGACAUUGUCAGUUCAUAUGAUGACUACGUCUGGUUGGAAGACAUGCCCCUCGACAAGGUUACGCUGUGUCGGAUGGGGGCGAAGAAGAUUGAGGGGACAGACGACGAAGCUUAUGAGGUUGUGGCUGAGGUCGGGUUUUAAUCCUGAAGCCUGGAGGUUGCGUGAGCAUCUUGGGGCGAAUACUGCUUUGAAGGUCUUGGCCUGAGAAGCCUAGACAUGAUUUCCUGUUAGGCAGCGGGAUAACGACAGAAGCGAGAAAUUAAAACAUGAAACAGCCAG